AUGCCGGCAACAAAAUGGUUCUGGGACGAAGUGGACGAGUCCUGCAAAGAAUUCCAUUACGGUGGUUGUAUGGGAAAUAAGAACAGGUUCAAUACGAAACAUGAAUGCCUAAAGAUGUGUCGCUACAAGUUGUUCAAUCCCGUGGCGGUACCAGACCUUUGCCUCCUUGAACCAGAUCCGGGAUACUGUAAUGAUGAACGUAAAGGACAAUGGUGGUUUUAUUUUAAUUCGGACGCUGGUGUUUGUGAAAAGUUCUUCUUCUACGGUUGUGGCGGUAACGACAACAAAUUCUACAGUCUUCAUAUGUGCAAUAAAGUAUGCGGUGAGCGACUUUCACCACAAAUCGCCUGUGAACAUUGUGAUCUACGAACAUCGUUCUGUAAAUCGCACAGUAAAUUCAAUUACACUUGCGAAUGUCGGAUCGGUUACGAGAAAAAUCAAUACGGAGAGUGUAUAGAUAUUGACGAAUGUCGUGGAUAUAAAGCGGCUUGCGACAGAAACGCAUGGUGCAGUAACACUGUAGGAUCGUAUAAUUGCGAAUGUAUGGCCUCGUAUAGAGGUGACGGGAAGCAUUGCACGUAUGUUGGUUUGGGUCGAUCCUCGUUGGAUUGCAAGGAUUGUUCACCGGAUGCGACUUGCGAAAAUGGAAUAUGUCAAUGUAAGGAAGGCUUUGAAGGCGAUGGAUUUAAUUGUACAGAUGUGAAUGAAUGCCUUCGAUCACCGUACGUAUGCGAUAAAAAUGCUGAAUGCAUGAAUCGUGAAGGUUCUUUCAUCUGCUCAUGUUUAUCCGGAUACGCUGGGAACGGAUACAAUUGUACACAAACAAAAAAUGCAUGCCUGGAUAAAUUUGAUCGUGGAUAUCAGGAGACAUGUGGUGGGGAAAAUUGGCGACAACACUUUUUCCUGGAUCAUCAGUCGAAAACCUGUCAAGCAUUCUGGUACGAUGGUUGCAAAGGACGUUCACGAAAUAUUUUCUCCGAUUAUGAGACUUGUGCGCAAAUGUGCGAGGAGACAAGCAUUCUCACAAGAGCUGAGGUUUGCUGGGACAAAUUCGACAUGAACUAUAGGAAUCAAUGCCUUAAUGGUCAAUGGGAACAACGUUUCUACUUUGACCAUGCGUCGUUAACGUGUCGACAGUUCUGGUACGAUGGUUGUCGUUCGGAUUCGAGGAAUAUGUUCGAGGAUAUGCUCACAUGUCAAUGGUUAUGUGAAACUCAACCAAUGUAUAAAUCAAGAGCAUGUUUACAAGACUUCGACGAGCACUACAAGAAUCAGUGUAACGGCGGACGAUGGCGACAACAAUACUAUUUUGAUAGAAAUAUUAAGAGAUGCAUCGCAUUUUGGUACGAUGGUUGCACCGGGGAAAGUGAAAAUCUCUUUCAGGAUGAACAAACGUGCUUAAUGACAUGUGAGAAUCCGGCAAAAAAGGAUCCUCUGAAACCAUGGCAUAGCGGUGACAAACACAAAAUGAAAGAGAAACUUGAAGAUAUCUACAAGCCUAAUCUCACCGAUAUUUGUGCUGUGGCGAAUCCUUGCCAAAACAAUGGCACAUGUAUCUUUGUAUGGAAGAAAAAUACGCAUUAUUGUAAAUGUCAAGCAGGUUUUACGGGCACUAACUGUACGGAAAAAAUCGAUUUCGACCCAUGCGCAACAAAUCCAUGUCAAAACGGUGCUACAUGCACUGCAAAAGUGCAAAAAGGUAAAGCGACCUACGAAUGCUACUGUGCUCCAGGAUUCGGCGGACCAAAAUGUGAUCAAAGACCAUGUGAUGUGAAUCCAUGCCUACAUAAUGGCACGUGCAGAACAACAGCUGGAUUUAGUUCGUAUUUCUGUGAUUGCAAAGAUGGCUAUGGUGGAAAGAAUUGCGACAUUGCAAUCAGUAAGAAACCGCCAGAAGAACGCUACGGAUCCAAAGUACUCCUUGUAUCCAGCGGAAAAGAGGAAUGGAUUCAGCAGAUGAAGGAAAGACUCGGAGGGAAGAAGAAGACCACUCCAGCGCCGGUAGCUGACGAACCUUAUAAAGAUCCUAAAACUAAGAAACGAGAAAGAGAGGAACGUGAAAAACAGGAGGCGGAAAAGAAACAAAAAGAAGAAUUGGAACAGGAGACGAAAAAGGCCGAAGCUGAACGUCAAAUGGAAGAGAAACGUGUUGAAGCGGAGAAACGCUUGAAUGAAACGCUUUACAAUAAUCACGCAUCACGUGAUUACAGUACACUUGUUGGGGUUACUGUCUCGGUACUAUUUCCCCUGGUGAUUCUCUCGGACGGAAUUCUUUGCUAA